AUGGCAUCAUCGUCAAAUGUAAAGCUGGGAAAUACUGAAUUUAGAAAGACCCCCGCUGGAAACUUGUUUACUAGUGAUAUUAAGACAAUCUUCUCGAUACUAUUAAUAAGGCUUGAUUUAAAUGCUCAUCUUAAUGAAAGGAAUAAGAAUCCAUUCAUUUUAGGUUCAAAGCAAUAUGAGUUUUCAUUUUCAUUACAGAAAGCUAUAUGCCUUUUACGAAACUUAUGUCUUCUUCCAUCAGAGAAUAGAGCCUGUCUGAAAGUCUGUUAUACUAUUGAACAACCAUUCUCGCAAUUUUUAAUGUCAGUAUUCAUGACAGCAAAGCUACUACAUACACCAGCAGAUAGGACAAGAAAAGGGCCUAAGGAUAAAGUCCUAUUACAGCCCACGCCCAAGGGUAUAGCUAUUCUGCAAGCUUUUUGUCGUAGCAUUGGAUUGCAAAGGCUACCUGAUGUACUGUUCUCAUCAUUAAACACAAUGAAUCUGUUCCUCUUCGAACGUAGUGAAUUUACUGAUAAACUACUCAUGAGCCGAGUCCUAAUAUAUCUGCUAUUUAUAAAAUUAAUGGGACCAUUUCCUAAUGUCUGGUCUCCUUCAAAGGAACAUGAUUAUGCUUAUGUAGCUUUACCGCAAAAUAUAUCCAUUGAAGACAUUAAGUUUUCGCUAGACCAGAACGUGAUGUUAUCGAAUUUUGAACCAGACAAUAUUGCUCCACCAGUAGAUACUUUAAAAGGAAGCAAUGUAUAUUUAAAUCAAUCUAAAAUUCUAUCUCCACUUGCUCAUAAAUUUUUUACAAAUCCAGACUCUGACUCACACAUACAAUACUAUGUCUCGACUGUAGGUGUUAGAUCUAAACCUGAUGUCGAAGUUAAUUUCAAAACCACAAAAAAUUAUGUUUUUACUACAAAAGCUAUUUGGCAAUGGUUAAUGGAUUGCUGCGAUAUAUUCUAUCCCAGGGAUGCAGCACACGUUACCGCCAGAUUCCUAUUCUAUGGGUUAUUGGAAGAAGUUCCUGCCAGUCCUGAAAAUUACGCGGGAUUAAUUAGUAAAAAUAAAUAUGUGAAACUCACUACGUUAGGAGAAAAUAUUGUAAAAUGGGGGAAAAAGGAUGACACUGGCAAAAAUCCUCAAGUUGAUUCUAAAUGUUUGUCAAAUUUGGGACAAUUAACAUCUAUUUCUAGAAGUCCCAGUGUUUUUCCUUUUUUACCAAGACUCUCAUAUCCAUCGUCGAGACAAAAUUUAGACAAAAUUCUGAAAGAGCCUGGGUUAAGACAUUUAUUUAGACAUCAUCUCGAAAAAGAGCAUUGCUCAGAAAAUUUAAAUGCCUACUUAGAUGUUAGGCGGUUUCUUCAUAUGAUGGGAGGUUUGAAAAAUAAGAUGAAAUUGGAUAAUUAUAAUGAUUCUCUGUCUCCGAAUUCAAUUAAUAUUAAUUAUUCUUUACUAUCAUCAACUGCUAAAAACAAUGAGGAUUUUCUUUCUCUAGUAGGAACCUGUAUCGAGACUGCAUGCAAUAUUUAUUCAAUCUAUAUUAUGAAGGAUUCUCCGAUGGAAAUUAACAUAGAUUCGAAUCUCAAAAAUAAAAUUGAGAAAAUUAUCAUUGGUUAUGUUCAGUACGAUUAUGAAAAGACUUGUUCAGUCAACAGCAUUGAAGCUACCAUAGGCAACACUCUGGAUAGCGCGUCUGGGCACACAUAUUUGUUACACAAAAAGAAUGGCAUAUUGAAAGAUACUACGAUGAAAGAAUUCAGUCGAGAAGCUUUUAUGAAUAAGUUUGGUAAAUUAGAAAUCAACAAUUUGCUAUUUAUGAUCUCAAGUUUAGGUCAUUUAUACUUGUUAUAUGAGCAUGUUGAGAACGCAACCUACCAUAUGAUGGAGACAGACUCUUUAACUAAAUUCUUAGAUUCUGCAGUAAUUGACAAGAUAGGUUCUGCUUUUAGCUUGAUUUCUGUCUAA